AUGGAGCAGCAUCCAGAUGAAAAGAAAGUGACAAGGAAGACAGACUGCUUGGCGUGGCUUCUACUACUUCUUGGAUGCCAAAACAGCAGCUGCGCGCCCUCCCCUGAGGCGCCAAAGGAGGCAGCGACCAGCGACAACAGCACCGUGUUCACCAGGAUUCUUGACGGGCUCCUGGACGGUUAUGACUACAGGCUGCGGCCCGGUCUCGGAGAGAAUGUCACAGAGAUCAAGACAGAUAUUUUUGUCACAAGCUUCGGUCCAGUGUCUGACACGGAAAUGGAAUACACCAUCGAUGUUUUCUUCCGUCAGACUUGGAAAGACGAGCGCCUGUGCUUUAAAGGGCCGAUAGAAAAGCUGUCCUUGAACAACCUGCUGGCCAGCAACAUUUGGACUCCGGACACAUUUUUUCUCAAUGGCAAGAAGUCCAUUGCUCAUAACAUGACGACCCCGAACAAGUUGCUAAGGCUGACAGAUGAUGGAACUCUGCUCUACACAAUGAGGCUGACAAUAUCUGCCGAAUGUCCCAUGCAACUGGAAGAUUUCCCUAUGGACGCCCAUGCCUGUCCACUGAAGUUUGGCAGCUAUGCCUAUCCAGUAUCUGAGGUGGUUUACACAUGGACUCAGGAUGCCGCCAAGUCUGUAGUGGUGGCAGAUGACGGGUCCAGACUCAACCAGUACCUACUGAUCGGACUAACAGCUGGCACGGAGGACAUAUACACAAGCAGCGGUCAGUAUACAGUGAUGAUGGCUCACUUCUACCUGAAAAGGAAGAUUGGAUAUUUUGUCAUCCAGACGUAUAUGCCGUGUUUCAUGACUGUAAUCCUGUCCCAGGUGUCAUUUUGGCUAAAUAGAGAAUCUGUUCCUGCACGGACUGUUUUUGGAGUGACCACCGUGCUGACAAUGACGACUCUCAGCAUCAGCGCCAGAAACUCACUCCCUAAAGUGGCUUACGCCACCGCAAUGGACUGGUUCAUUGCCGUCUGUUACGCUUUUGUCUUCUCUGCGCUCAUUGAAUUCGCUACGGUCAACUACUUCACCAAGAGGAGCUGGGCGUGGAGUGGCGAGAAAGCCCUGGAAUCACAGCACAUGAAGAAACGAGACCCCGCGGCGCUGUCCAUAAAGUCCAACAAUGUUUGCUCAGCAUCGGUUAACUGCGGGCCGAACCUCACUAAGGACGUCUCCAUCGCCACAGUCUCCGACGCGACGUCGCAUCAGCUUCGAGCAACGGAGGCAAAAAUGGCGGACCACAAGAAGAAUUACAACAGUGUCAGCAAGAUCGAUAAAAUGGCAAGGAUAGUGUUUCCUCUUCUUUUUGGUUCCUUCAACCUUGUCUACUGGGCCACGUAUCUGAACAGGGAACCGGUGAUUAAAGGAGCUGUUGCUGCAAUCUAG